UGGACGAGGACGUAUUUUACUGUUAAUAAAAGCCUUUCAGUAUUUACUCUACUUCCAGUGUUUUGGAGUAAUUUAUAUCGCAUCAGUAAUUCGACAUGUUGUUCUGCACUCAUUUCCUCUCGCUCUUUCUGUUGCCGUCACUGGGAACUUCAGAGAACUGGAAAGUAGUAAAUGGGACCAUUGGUUCAUCAGUUUUUCUGGAUCCUGAACACCAAGGUAAUCUCAGCAGGAGUGAAAUUUUAUGGACCUUCACUGGCAGCAACAGAUGCUGUGUUCCUAUUUUGGAUUACGUUCCAGAUGAACCUGUGGAGCAAUCAAAUGAACAAUUCAGAUCCCGUUUACAGUUUAACGCUUCUACUGGCUGUCUGCUGGUGGAUGGAAUAAAAUCUGAGGAUCAAGGUGUUUAUAAUUUUGAUGUAGAUGGGAGAAGAACAACUACAAUAGAAUUGCUUCUCUUUGCUAAGCUGUCGAAAGCUUUGAUAAGCUACAGUGCCCCUGGUUACACCAUCCAACUCACCUGUGAGGUUGACGGAAAACCUCAGAAGUAUGAAUGGCUGAGAAAUGGAAGGGAAAUGUCCCAGCGUCACUGGUUAAUUAAUGAAAACAGAAGCCUCAUCAUCUUGACUGACUUGGCCGGUGAAUGUGGAACGUACACUUGUGUUGCCUCCAAUCCUGUCAGCUCUGUGCAGGCAAAUUACACUUUAAAUCCCCCAGGUAUUUCUGGUGAAGACUCUAUAAUUAUUAUUGCGUCAAUCACAGGACUGGUAUUAUCUCUGCUAUCUCAUAGUGGAUUCUUGCUUCGGUCAUGGUUGAAGAAGAAAUCAAACCAAGUGUUUCAGAGCCUCGUUAUUUGGAACAUUUUGUCUGUUGUUGGUACCUUCGUUGCCCUCAUCUCCUGGAUUGCGAUUAAAGGUGCUGUCUUUAUAUCUGUUGUUGCAUUAUGCACAGUCUCUGCCCUGUUUUUGGCCAUAAUUACAUCAAUUGUCAUUCUGAAAUUUGGCUGCUCCUUUAAUGGGAAUUUCCUUGGGAAAAACGGAUCUCAACCUUUCAUUGACUUGAGUGGUUUCAUUAUAAUCCCCAUUUCAAUCACUCUCCUAAAGGAAGAGGUUCAGCAAAACAAUCAAAGUUGUCACACCAGCAUCUUAGAAUGGAGCAUACCGAUUGCACUAUUGGUCAGCUGUGUUAUUAUGAUAUCUGUGUUCCUUGCAACACAUCACUGUAAAUGCCACAGAAACAUAAAUGAAAACAUUGAAGUAAGACAACAGAAUAAUGAAGAAUCAUCAGAUUUCACUACUACUACCUCAGAGCAGGGUGCUACAUCUGAUUUGCUUCAGACUCUUCAAAAUGGAUAUGAUGGGUGUUAGUCUGGACUUAAGUACCAGAGGAAAAACUUUGUCCAUCAAUAGAGCGAAUACUUGCCUUCACUUCCAUGGAAUAGCACUGUUAUCUGAAGCACAAUGUUACAGCAUUACAAAUUAUUUCAGCAUUCUUUCUUUCAAAACACUGUUAGAAUGUAUUACUUGGUCAGUGUCAGAUGGAAGAAGCACCCUUGCCCUCAUUUCGGGCUGAGACGUCAACUGUGCUUUUUCCAAUGGAUGCUGUCUGACCUUCUGCGUUCCACCAGCAUUUUGUGUGUGUUGCUUGAACGUCCUUAUAAGUUUUCUCUGUACUCCUUCAACCUUGUUUACAUCUUUCCUGUAGCUAGGUGACCAAAACUGCACACAGUAAUCCAAAUAUUAUAUCAUUUCUUAAUGCAUGCAUUACUAAAUGACAAUAAAAAGAGGAUUGUGUGUCUUCAUAAUCUAAUCUAAAUUAGGCCUUACCAAUGUUUUGUACAACUUCAACAUAACAUCCCAUCUCUCGUACUCAAUACAUUGAUUUUGUAGCCUGGGAAAAAUACACACUAAGCACAACAAAUAGUUUUUCAGGUCAUCAAUUACUUUAUCUGUUUUAGGUGUUUUAAUGCAGAAAGAGGGUAUCAAAAUAAAAAUAAAAUAUAUUUAAAAUAACACAUUUCCUGCUGUUACAAUCUCAGCUUAAUUUUGGUCCACACCCUUGUAUAUCAACUAGUAACUUCUGCGGUAUGAAAAUCUAUAAAACAAAAUAUACAAAACCAAUUCUAAAAAAAAAUACAAACCAACAUUAGAAUCCCACCAACCCUGUACGUAUACGAUAUCAAAAAUAUGAAAAAAUACAUCUCAUCUUAACUAGAGGUACACUAACUUCGGCACACUCAUACCUCACAUCCAAACACGCAUUGUCUAGUCCCUGAAACAAAUUCUUGCUCACACUAUAUGAACAGAGAUUAUCACAUUACUCCAUUACAUUCACAUUUGGUCAUGAACAAAAAUAAACUUUCACAAAAACGUUUACAAUAUAUUGUCUUGUAGUUAAAUUAUAAGAUGGACUAACCUACUAAGCCGAUAAGGAACUUUGCACAACCAUGCUAUCCAGUGCCAAUAACUUACUCGCAAAAAUCUAAAGCAUCCACAUGUAAAACAUGCCAAAUCAUCGAUAUUCUUGAUUUACAAACAAGUAUAAAUGAAUUUGCAUGGAUAUUAUCAAAUAUUAGAUUAUGAGGACACGAAGUCCUCUUUUACUGUCAUUUAGUAAUGCAUGCAUUAAGAAAUGAUACAAUGUUUUUCCAGAAUGAUAUCACAGAAACACAUGACAAACCAAGACUGAAAAACUGAUAAAAACCACAUAAUUUUAACAUAUAGUUACAACAGUGCAAAGCAAUACUGAAAUUUGAUAAGAACAGACCACGGGCACGGUAAAGUCUCAAAGUCUCUCAAAAGUCCCAUCAUCUCACGCAGACAGUAAACCUCCAGUGCCGCAAACUUGCCGAUGCAGCAUCCCGGAAGCAUCUGACCACAGUCCGACUCCGAGUCCAUCCGAAAACUCCAAGCCUCUGACCAGCUUCCUAACACCGAUGCAUUGAGCACCAUCUCCGCCAAGCGCUUCGACCCCGGCCCUUGCAACAGGCAAGGCCGAGGAUUUGGGGCUUUCCCUCCGGAGAUUCUCGAUCGCACAGUAGCAGCGGCAGUGAAGCAGGCAUUUCAGAAGUUUCUCCAGAUGUUCCUCCGUGCUUCUUCACGUCUGACGCUAUCAAAUCAGGAUUGUGCAUGGCAUCCUACUUCACAGAUACGAUAUCAAUUUGGAACGGCCGCGGUGUGCUAUGUCGCACCGCCAUCUUCUCCUCCCUCCAAUUAUACACAUUUCCUCACCAUACAUCUGGUACUUGACAUUCUUUCUAGAACACUAACUCCUUUUCCGACUCUGCACGUGCAUGAUGACAUCACUGCUUUCUCUUAAAGGCAUAAGCAACUAUUUUAGCAUUACCAGUGUGAAUACUUAAGUGCACUUUAACAAUAAAAAGAACAAUGAAUGGUCACCUGGUUACAUUGAUUAAUGAAGUCCAAUGUGCCAAAAACUCACUUUAUGACCCUAUCUACCUGUGACGCCACUUUCUUUCUUUUGUAGUUUAGUUUUGCCACUACCAACAAAUUAUGUUUCCAGACAUCCCACGCUGCAAAAACUCAACUCAUCUCAGGGAGGUAGCACCCCCGCGCACCCCCCCCCUCCGUCGACCUCCAAGGGUGUAUGUAAUACUUUGUUUAGUGAUUUUGUCUAAUCUGAAAACCUAGUUGGGUAUAUGCAGCAAA